CAUGUGGAAAUCUCUUUUUUGCUCGCUUUGCAGACGCCGACAUUCUCAGAUAUUGUAUAGAAUGAGCAGGACAAAAUCCAUCAUAGCCAUAGCACGAGAAGAAAGUUCAAUAUGGGAAAGACGGGCCCCUCUGAAUCCACUGCAAGUGCAGCAACUAGUACGCAGCGGAAUCAAUGUUAUCGUGCAGCCGUCAACUCGCAGAGCGUACACCAUGGACGAAUAUGCUCAGGCAGGCGCAGUAAUCCAAGAGGAUAUGUCAGAAGCGACAGCCAUAAUGUCCAUCAAGGUGCUACCAGUUGACAGUCUGCUGCCUGACAAAACCUACUCUUUCUUCUCUCACACAAUCAAAGCACAGGAAGCUAACAUGCCACUAUUGGAUGCAGUCCUCGACAAGAGAAUUCGAUUAAUGGAUUAUGAAACGAUGAGAAACGACAAAGGGCAAAGAGUGGUGGCGUUUGGUCAGUAUGCUGGUAUAGCUGGUAUGAUCAAUAUACUGCAUGGUCUAGGCUUGAGAUUGCUGGCGUUGGGACAUCACACUCCUUUUAUGCACAUCGGAAUGCCACAUAACUAUCCAAGUACAAGUGCUGCUAAAGCAGCAGUGGCAAGCGUGGGCCGGGAGAUUCAGUAUGGAUUGCUGCCGUCGGUUCUUGGUCCGAUGGUCUUUGUAUUCACUGGAACCGGCAAUGUCUCGCAGGGUGCACAAGAAGUUUUCAAGCAAUUACCAGUUGAAAUGGUGGAGUCGUCUCAACUGCAGUCAGUUGUUCGGUCAGGAGACAGCACUCAGCGUAUCUUUGGUACAAUUGUGAAACGAGAAGAUUAUCUCGUACGUCGAGAUGGUGGGAAGUUCGACAAGCAAGAGUGCAAAGAUCAUCCGGAGUUGUAUAAAUCAGUUUUUUCCACAAAGAUCGCUCCAUACAUGUCUGUGCUCAUCAAUGGUUUAUACUGGGAUGCGAGAUCUCCUCGUCUGCUAACAUACUCUGAUGCUAAACGAUUGCUAACUCAUAAUAAUACCACAGUGUCGAAGCCUGGCGAGCCUCAUUUGCCACAUAGACUUCUUGCCAUUUGUGAUAUUUCGGCAGACUUGGGGGGAUCAUUAGAGUUUAUGACUGAGUGUACGUCGAUUGAUAAUCCAUUUCUUAUCUAUAAUCCUUUCAAAGAUGAAUCAGUAACCGGCGAUAUGUCAGCUUCUGGCGUAUUGAUGUCCUCUAUUGACAACAUGCCAGCACAGGUGCCUCGUGAAGCAACUGAUUUCUUUGGUUCACAUUUACAGCCUUAUGUUGAUGAAGUGCUUCGUCUUGAUGGCUCUGAAGACUUCACUAAGCUCUCGGUCUCUCCAACUGUGAAAGAUGCUUUGAUUACAUACAACGGAUGUCUGACACCCAAGUAUGACUACAUCAAGGCUCUGAGAGCUGCUAAGGAAGCAAAAGCUGCAAAGGCUCAGAAUAUUGUGGGUCCAGCUCGGAAAGUGUUGAUCUUGGGUUCUGGCUACGUAUCAGCUCCUGUGGUAGAAUAUUUGACCAGACGUGAAAAAUUUGGUGUCACAAUAGCAUCAAAUGUCGCCUCAGACGCCUCACAACUUGCUUCUCGGUAUGCCAACACAACACAUAAGCAUUGGACACUUGCUAGCGACUCGACUUCUGACUCCCAGCUCAAAGAAAUGGUUGAUGAACACGAUGUAGUAAUCAGUUUACUGCCAUCUUGGUUACAUCCAGCAGUGGCCAAAGUAUGUGUUGCGAAUGGCAAGCACUUGGUUACAUGCAGCUAUACGUCUCCUGAAAUGCAAAAAUUAUCUUCAUCUGCCGAAGCUGCUGGUGUCACUCUUCUAAAUGAAGUUGGCUUGGAUCCAGGCAUUGAUCAUAUGCUAGCUGUCCGGUGCUUUAAUGAUGUGAAAAAGAAAGGCGGAAUUAUUGAGUCGUUUGUGUCUUGGUGUGGUGGUCUUCCUUCUCCCGAAUCUAGUGACAAUGCACUGCGUUACAAAUUCAGUUGGAGUCCUCGAACCGUUCUAGGCAAUCUGAAAAACCCAGCCAAAUACAUGCGGAAAGGCAAGUUGAUUGAAGUUCCUGCUGGUGGAUGGUUGAUGCAUUGUGCAGAGCCUGUGGAAAUCAUUCCAGGCUUUAACUUGGAAGGUAUUCCCAACAGAGACUCAACUGUUUACGCCGAGAAAUAUGGUCUUACAUCUGUUCACACAAUUUUACGUGGAACUCUACGAUUCUUGGGUCAUUUCAAUGCAGUUCAAGCAUUGGAUGAAGUGGGUUUGCUUGAUGAUAAAGAGGAUGCUCGAUUAGACCCUAGCUGUUCUCCUCUUCGAUGGUGUGACAUCAUGGCAAUGUUGGUAUCACGAACUGAUGCUCGUGGAGUUGAUCUGAAGUCUAGUGUAUAUGAGCUGUUAGGUCGCGAUCUAACAAAGUUAAACAUGCUUGAAGAACUUGGCCUGCUUUCUGAAGAAACUGUUUUGUUGAAAGGCACUCCAUUAGACACACUGACUGCCUACCUUGAAAAAUCAUUGGCAUUUGAAGAGGGCGAAAGAGACCUUGUUAUUUUGCAGCACAAUAUUAGCAUUCGAUGGUCUGAAUCACGAAAGGAAACGAAGGAGAUCACACUUGUAGAGUAUGGCGAUCCUAAAGGAUUCUCAGCCAUGUCUAGGCUUGUUGGAUUGCCGACUGCCAUUGCCACAGAAAUGUUGCUAGAAGGAGAUAUCAGCACAACUGGUGUAGUGGAACCAUUGUCUUCAGAAAUUUAUGAUCCAAUUCUUCGAAAACUGAACGAAUCUGGGGUUAGUUUCAAAGUAGUGUCUCAUGGGCAAAUGUUAUAGGUAUCUACUUACCUUGUACAUUGUGACAAAUAUUUAUUAUUGCUACUACUACUUUUGUACAGUGAAGUACAUUUGUUGUAAACUACAGACACUAGAGACAGUGCUGUUACAAUGUUUGAAGAGUAUGUUUUUUCUUUGA